UCCCCGCAGGAGCCGGGCGCCCACCGCCCCCGCCCCGCUGCGAGCCGGCCUGGCGCCCACGAUGGGGAAUGAGGCCAGCUACCCCGAGGAGAUGGGCUCCCGCUUUGACCACGAGGAGAUUAAGAGGCUGAGCAAGAGGUUCAGGAAGCUGGACCUGGACUCCUCGGGCGCCCUGAGCUUGGACGAGCUCCUGUCCCUGCCCGACCUGUGGAACAACCCGCUGGCGCAGCGAGUGUUCGAGGUCUUCGACGCCGACGGCGACGGCAAGGUGGACUUCGAGGAGUUCAUCGUGGGGACCUCCCUGUUCAGCGUCCGGGGGGACGAGGAGCAGAAGCUGCGGUUCGCUUUCAGCAUCUACGACAUGGAUAGGGACGGCUACAUUUCCAACGGGGAGCUCUUCCAGGUGCUGAAGAUGAUGGUGGGGAACAACUUGCAGGACCGGGAGCUGCAGCAGAUCGUGGACAAAACCAUCAUCAUCCUGGACAGGGACGGCGACGGGAGACUCUCCUUCGAAGAGUUCAAAGUCGCCGUGCAGGACCUGGAGAUCCACAAGCAGCUGGUGGUGGAGGUGUGAGCCUUGGGGAAGAGCGCCACCCAGCCGUGACCUUGACUGUCGCUAUCUCUUUCAAGGUCAGCUCAAGAAGCCCUUGAAAGUAUUGCUCUUUGUAAAGUCGCCUUUUCGGACACCAACCUCAUAACCAACUCAGUGUCGUUAAUAAUUCUCACCGUGAUUCAGGGGGCCACCUGGAGGAACCUGGUGGGGAAAGAGGAGGAAAUGGCUUUUAUAAAUGUCUUUGUCUUUGUUUUGAUUUGGAGACCAAACUAUAAAGAAUGGAGAUGAACUUUAAAAGUUUA